UCACCGCCGUUAGCGAAGCAGCCGCGGCUACGUCAGGCGCGAGUGUGAGGCCAGCUGCCGCUUAGCCCCCGGCCCCUCCCGGUCACCGCCGUCAGUCGGGGGGGUCCGCGGGGUCUACGGUCACCCUGCGCUCCAGGCACCACACCGGGCGAGCGGCGACACCGCGUCCAUGGCCACCGCGGCGGCUCCGUCAUCCUUGGCUCUCAAGGCCUCGAGCCUGGCCGCGGCCCCCGGCUCGUACGGGGUCUUCUGCAAGGGGCUCUCCCGCACCCUCCUCGCCUUCUUCGAGCUGGCCUGGCAGCUGCGCAUGAACUUCCCGUACUUCUACAUCGCGGGCUCCGUGGUCCUCAACAUCCGCUUGCAGGUACACUUUUAGAGCCCUGAGGAAGCCGCCGGCAUUCCGGGCCUGCAUUAUGGCCGACUCCCAGGAGGCCCUGCGGCGCCGCGGAGCUGAGGGCGAGGAGUCCCGCUGUCUCGCGAGAGUGUCUGGGCUCCCUCCGCGGCUGUGCUCUCCGCUCUCAGCCGAGCUCCUGGAAUGUCACCGAGACCUUGCCGAGAUUAGGAAGAGGAAAUACGCGAUUCCGGCAGCCGAGAAAGAACUUCAGUUAAGACCCACGACAAUAUUUAAGAAACUGUGCAUCCUUAAAACAAAACCGGGACGAACAGGAUGUAUUACAAAAAGGGAAAGCUACUAAAAUUUUCAGGACAAGAAUGUAGAAGCUCAUGGUCCAUAUUACUUUAAUCAGUAAAUUUCGGGAGUAUGAGACUGGAAUAUAAGCAGGACGCUGAAUGAGUAAGAAGCUGGAGAUCUUAAGAAUAUGCUGUGGAGGGCAUAUAUUUCUUCAUCCCACACGAAAAAACAAAUGACGAUCAGAAGCUUUCAGUGAAAAAAAACUGUACAGGAAUCACAUCCUUCAAAUACGAAACAAUGUAAAAUGCUGCAGGAUUUUGAACAGAGGGAGUGUAAGAAAGUGGACUUUAUUUCAGUGUCCCUAUGAGUAACAUGCAGUUCAAAAUCUUGGCGCCAAAGAGAAGGAAAUCCAGUCAUAGCACAAAGCUUGGCGAUUUAUUGAAUAACAUUUAAAUAAUCAUAGUAAUGUAAAUGCUGUUUAUGGUUUUCAUCUUUUUAAGAGAAUACUUACAGUUACAAAGUUGAAUGCACAUGUUAUCAGCCUUGAUGGCGUAAAAGUGAGGGUACCUGGAAUGGCAAUGGUGUCUUUUAAAGUGGGAAGCUGAGGAAAAUUCUGUUGUCGAUGGGGGAAGAGGGCAUUUUAUUAUUUAAAGAGUAGCCAUAAAGUUGCUAAAAUGUAACUAUAUGAAAGAGAAGAGGAGGGGAGAACAGCAUGAGGUCAACAAGAAAUGCCUAGAGGUUAGAGUUAGGGUGGAAUGUCUCAGAUUACCUGAUGUAUUUGAAUAUAUAGAGUCAAGAGAUUUUUAGAUUUCAGAGAGUCUGGAGAUGAAUUAGUGGUCUGCAAAAUUUUUUCUAAUUAGGAAGCAAAGCUGAGGCAAUUAUGAACCCCGGGAAGAAUAAAAAAAUUUUCAAGAACUACACUGCAUAACUCAACUGUGAAGAAUAUUACUACUCAUCAUAUAAAGUCAGUUAUAAUUAUAUAAACACUGAAUACAGAUAACAGAUUAUUAGGUAACAUUGGAAGGAUUGGAGAAGAGAGAGAUGUAUAUGUAAUGGGGGAGAAUCAAUCAAGAUCUGAUAUAGAAAAGAUUUUUAAAAAGCAGUAUAACUUGUCACUUAGAGUACAGUAAGAAAUAGCUAAGAGUUAAAAUUGGUAGUCUCUGGAGAAAGAAAAUCAGGGAUAGACAGAGAAAGGUGGAGGACUGCUGUUUUUCACUACCAGUCUAACAGUAACGGUGAUUUUUCUUAGCCAUGUGUGUGUGUGUGGAGAUAUAUAUAUCAGGCAGACCUCUGUUAAAAUACAAACUAAUUUUGCGGUCCAGGUGAGCCCAUUAAUCUGCCUAAACCCCCGUUUUCUCAAUUCUAUUAAAUGAGAGUAAAAGUACCCACCUUGAAAGAUCAGUCGGGAAUUAAAAGUAAGCCUUAGUGCUUGAUACAUACUGUACACAGUAAAGAGUAUUUGUUAUAACAGAAUAUUUCAUUAACUUGUGAAUAAAACUUAAAACUCUCA